GCCGGGGAGGGCACAGUCUGUCUCCCUCGCUCCCUGCGUCACUUCCGACAGGUGUAACGGCAUUUGCGCUCCGCCACAUCAUUUCCGCCAUCGCUGUUGUGUGCGCGGCCGCUGCUGCUGCUGUGUCAUGGCGGAGGCUGCUGCCUGUUACCGGCUGCGCUGCUCCCUCCCCGGGCACGAGCUGGACGUCCGUGGGGUCGCGCGGUGCCCGCUCCCGCCAGGUGAGGGGUUCGUGUCCGUGUCACGUGACCGGAGCGCGCGCCUCUGGGUGCCGGACAGUCCCAAUAGAGGCUUCAUUGAAUUGAAUCGUAUGAAGGCACAUUCCAACUUUGUCUCUUCGGUAUGUUAUAUGCCUCCAAGUGACACCUAUCCACGAGGACUGAUUGCUACUGGUGGAAACGACCAUAACAUCUGUGUGUUCAGCCUUGAUAGUGCAAGCCCGCUUUAUGUUUUGAAAGGCCACAAGAACACAGUAUGCUGUCUUUCUGCCGGCAAGUUUGGUACCUUGCUAAGUGGUUCAUGGGACACAACUGGAAAAGUGUGGUUAAAUGAGAAGUGUAUGAUGACUUUACAGGGCCACACAGCUGCUGUCUGGGCUGUAAAGAUUUUGCCUGAACAGGGUUUGAUGUUGACUGGAUCAGCUGACAAGUCUAUCAAGCUGUGGAAAGCAGGGCGGUGUGAAAGGACCUUUCUAGGGCAUGAGGACUGUGUUCGAGGGCUGGCAACGCUGAACGAAGGUGAAUUUCUCUCUUGCUCUAAUGAUGCCAGUGUAAGGAGAUGGCUGAUUACUGGAGAGUGCCUGCAGAUCUGCUAUGGUCACACCAAUUACAUUUAUAGCAUAUGUGUCUUCCCAAAUUCCCAAGAUUUUGUGACCACAGCAGAGGACAGAUCACUGAGGGUCUGGAGAAAAGGAGAGUGUGCUCAGACCAUCCGCUUGCCUGCCCAGUCUGUGUGGUGCUGCUGCAUCCUAGAUAAUGGAGACAUUGUUGUGGGAGCAAGUGAUGGUAUUAUACGAGUGUUUACGGAGUCUCAAGAGAGUAUGGCCAGCGCUGAGGAGAUCCAGGCUUUUGAAGAUGAGCUGGCACAAGCAACAAUUGACCCUAAAACCGGUGACCUUGGAGACAUUAAGAUAGAGGAACUACCUGGAAAAGAACACCUCAGCGAACCUGGUACUAAAGAAGGCCAGACCCGCCUUGUGAAUGAUGAUGGUAAAGUGGAAGCUUACCAGUGGAGCGUUAGUGAGGGCCGCUGGAUGAAGAUUGGGGAUGUGGUAGGCUCUUCAGGAGCCACUCAGCAAACGUCUGGAAAAGUCCUUUUUGAAGGAAAAGAGUAUGACUAUGUGUUCACUAUUGAUGUGAAUGAAAGUGGGCCUUCUUUUAAACUGCCGUAUAACGUCACAGAAGAUCCUUGGCUUGUUGCCCACAAUUUCCUUGAGAAGAAUGAUCUGAACUCUAUGUUUUUAGAUCAAGUAGCCAAAUUCAUCAUUGACAACACUGCAGGACAGACACUGACUGCUACAGAAUCUGGCUUUGCUGAUCCAUUCACAGGUAGAGGCCGUUACAUCCCUGGAGGUUCUGCUACGUCUGCUUCUGCUGCUGAUCCAUUUACAGGUGGCAGCCGUUAUGUGCCUGGCUCUGUGUCACAUUCAGGUCCCACAGCCGGGGCGGCCGAUCCAUUUACAGGGAGGAAUGCAUACAGAUCAGCAGCUGCACAAAUUCAAAACACCUACUUCCCUAAGAGGGAGCCGGUCACCUUUGAUCAAGCAAAUCCAGCACUGAUUAUGGGUAAACUAAAGGAACUGAAUGACACCGCUCCUGAAGAACACAAGAUGCCUGAGGAGGACUUAAUGAGACUUGACAAGCUACUGUCUGUUGUUGUUAAUCCAUCUGGAGAAAUGGCCACAGCUCAACAAGUGGACACUUUAUGGAGAGUAGUCAAAUGGCCAGAAGAAAUUGUAUUUCCUGCCCUAGAUGUUCUUCGUUUAGCUGUAAAAAAUCCUACGGUCAAUGAAAUGUUCUGCAAUGAAAAAGAAGGCAGUCAGUUCAGCAACUACCUCAUCCAAAUAAUGCGGCCAAGUGGUAAACAGGCCAAUCAGCUGCUUGUGCUUCGGACAUUAUGCAAUUGCUUCUCGUGUGAGCCAGGUGCAAGGCUCAUGAUGUCUCAAAGAGACACAUUGAUAGCAAAGGCGAUAGAACUAAAAUCGGUUACCAAUAAAAAUGUCCACACUGCUCUGGCCACGUUGAUGCUCAACUAUGCCACCAGUUUACAUAGAGCAAGCGACUUAGAAGGGAAGGCCCAGUGUCUGUCAGCCAUCAGUACAAUUAUGGAGGUUGUGCAUGACCUUGAAGCCGGUUUCAGACUUCUCGUCGCUCUUGGGACAUUGAUCAGCGAUGAUGCAAAUGCUGUGCAGUUGGCUAAGUCCCUAGGAGUUAAUUCUCAAAUUAAAAAAUAUAUGUCUGUCCCCGAACCAGCCAAAGUUAAUGAGUGCUGCAGGCUCCUUUUAAAUACACUAUAAAAUUAUUUUCCCUACCAGCGCUGAGAAAAAAAAACAACAAACCUAUUCCUGCACUGUAAUGUUUUCUUAACACACUGUAACAUGAAUACAUUGAAUGCUGUGGAUUGAAUGCUGAAAGUUUGUCUCGUCUUAAAAUUAUAAAUUGGCCUAAAUAAAUUUUUGCACUGUA